CGCAACAACACGCAUCGCAACCUUUCAGCUUCUGACAAAGGCGAAACCCAAAGAAGAAGCUGCAACAAGUCACUCGCUCUUCCUCUUUGCCACGACUUUCCUGCCUAACCCUAAUUAUAACGUCAGCCUGUCUAUCCUUCUCCAUCUCCCCGUCCCUGGUCCCCGCCAUUGCCCUCCACACGGCACUAUCACAAUUCGCGGCCAGGCUUCGCCGUCUCAUAUCAAGGCAGACAACAACAACAAAAUCAUGGAGAGCAACAACACAAAUAGUAAUAGUAACAGCCUUACAUCACCGAACACAGGACUUACGAGUGAUGGCGACGGGGCGCGAAACCCAGGACAUCCGCUGCACUCAGCAAGGAUAUGUCGUUACUUCAGUCGAACAGGAUCUUGUCGUGCCGGCACCUCGUGUCAGUAUCUGCACGAUGACACCCGAUUACCUGGCAGUGCAAUGAAGGGCAAGGAGGCAGAGCAGUCCGAGUCUUCCGUUGUAGGAGACGAUGGAAAGACUCAGGACCGGAGACAGGCCGUUACGAAGCCUGUACCAGCUUCACGAGUUGUGCCUAAACCUGUGCCACAAGCACAAGCUCAGGAUCCCCGAGAAUUUCAAUUGGGUCAGAUUAGGAGGCGAUUCUCACCAAAGGAGACGAAUCAGCAUGGAGGAGCUUUACUGAAGUUCAGCCUCGCACCAUCAGAUCCAGACUUCCCCUUUGAGAUGUCAGCCUUGGAUUGUCUACUCUCAGUACCUUCGAGUUACCCAAAGGAUAAGCCUUCACUGAAGGUUGGCAACAAAGACAUACCUCGUGGUUUUGCCAUCAAUGUUGAGCAGGGCUUUGAAGGUUUGGUUGAGGAGAAGCCUGAUGCAACUCUGCUGGAGUUGAUGAAGGCUCUUGACAAGAACCUGGAAACUUUUCUCUCCGCCCCGAAGGCAGAUACAGUCAAGUUGGUUCCGAACAAGGACACUCGACAUCUGUCUUCUACACCAAGUCGUGCAGUUGAGCCUAUAAUUGCUCCUAGGGUUGAGGUUGAGUCAACAAAGCCUCUUCCCACUAGCUCUACCAGUGCUCCAAAAUCAGUGGAAAAUUUCACUUCGCAGCAAAAAUCCGAAGCCCUCAAGACCAGAGAAGCGGAGACUAGGCAGCUUGAGGCACGCAUGGGUCGACUUCCACUGUACAAGAAGUCCGGAGAUGGCAUUGCAUAUACAUUGCCACUUGAGCCCAGACGACGCAAUGAGCUACCAGUGGUAUUACAAGCUGUCAAAACUACUACGCUAUUCGUUCCCUUGCUCUAUCCACUGCAACCAUGUCGAAUUGGUUUUGAAGGCAUCGAUGGAGAUGCCCCAAAAUCAGUCGAGGCAGGUUUUCUCCAGAGAGCAACAGAACAAAAAGCCACAUUGAUGGCACAAGUCAACUAUCUCGCAUCGAAUAUGUAUAUUUUAGCCAAAAAUCCAUUGGCAACACCACCAGUCAAAGCACCAGAACCUAUUGCUACAACAAUCACUCAAGCACCAACUACUGAAGGACAUCAAGAUCCUGAGCGAAGUCACAUCCAAUACAUUUCUCGACCACCAGAAUGGGAAGUUAUCGAUCACGAAGAUGUCUCUGACGCUGACACGGAUGAUCUCUACUCCUACGACACAGGAGACUCAUCUGAUCAAGGCGGAGGCGUAGAAGUUACCCAUGAAGCAGAAGCAGGACCUGCUCAACCAGCUCCAAACCCAGAACGUGGAACGGCUAUCUCAUUCCCCUUCAUCGAACUCUACGGCAUCGAAUUACUAGAAGUUGUCAACCUGAACAUCACAGUCAAGUGCGAGCGCUGCAAAGAAACGACUGAGGUCAAGAGCCUCAAAACCGGUAUCACCAAGUCAGAAAGCUGCAGAAAAUGUGCCACUCCACUCAGCAUCACCUUCCGCCGCGACCUGGUCCACGCCCACGCCGUCCGAGCCGGCUUCCUCGACCUCGAAGGCUGCAUCGUAGGAGACAUGCUCCCCAGCACCUUCCAACCCACCUGCUCCCAAUGCUCAACACCGUAUCCACUCCCAGGAAUCGUCUCUGUUCGAGGUGAAACAACAACCAACGUCUGUCGGGAAUGCCACCAAAAAUUCACCUUCAGCAUCCCCACCAUCAAAUUCCUCCGCAUCUCCUCCUCCCACCUCCCCUCCUCGCUCCCCCCUCGCCGCAAGAAAGAAACCCUCGGCCUAGUCCCCGGCACCGAACUCCCCAAACGCGGCCGCUGUCGCCAUUACGCUAAGUCUUACCGCUGGUUCCGCUUCAGCUGCUGCGCAAAGGUGUACGCGUGCGACAAGUGCCACGAUGCGGAGGAGGAACAUGUGCAUGAGUGGGCGAAUAGGAUGGUGUGCGGGUGGUGUAGUCGGGAGCAGAAUUAUCGGCCGGAGGACUGCGGUGUUUGUCAUGGGAAUCUGACGGGGAAGAGGGGCGGGACGGCGUUUUGGGAGGGAGGGAAGGGGACGAGAGAUCGGGUUAAGAUGAGUAGGAAGGAUCCAAGGAAGCAUAGGAGGGUUGGUGGGGGUGGGGUGAAGAAGUCGUGA